AUGGCCGCACCACCGCCACCUUAUAACCAAGCAUAUAAUCCGUAUCCACCUCCUCCACUUGGAUCCGUUUACACAGUACAGCCAGGCGUCCCGAUUGGACAAGGAGCUCAACCAGCAUACGCAGUUUAUUAUCAGCAACCUCAGACAGUCAUAGUUGAUGAUUGCCACCAUCACCAUCGGGAAAGGCACGGUGGCGGCGGAGGAGGAGAAAUGUGUUGUUUAGCUGGACUUAUGGCAUGCUUAUGUUUCAUGUGCUUGAAAUAA